AUGGUUGAAAAUGAUAAUCCCACUGAAUAUAUCCAAGGUACAUUUGAAAAGCGAAGGACCGUUCAUAAUAUCGAAGUUUCUCGAGUUUGUACAAUUAAGACAGCACUACAAAAGUUCAUUGCAUUUCGCUUUUCAGGCUACAAGUUCGAUGUUAUUUUGGAAAUAUACGAUCAUUUUUCCGUGGAAGCGUUCUUGGACGCUCUCCCAUCCGCGCAAAUGAUCUCACUUAGUCAAUUUAGGAUACCUAGACCUCUACAAAUAAAUAUUUUUGAGGAUGAAGUUUACUUUACAGAUUGGCCUUACUCAUUAUCAGCUUCUGGACAUGCAGUAACAUUCUCCAGCAGAAACUUGGGAAAUGAGGAAAACCAAAACGAUGAUCACGAAAAGCUCAACUUAUGGGCGAAAAACUUUCAUAGAGACUUUUCUCCAAUUUGUGAAAAGUGUUCGUGUAAUACAUGCAAGCAUCAUUCUCGCUCAUAUAUUCAUCACUUAUUAGGAGUUCACGAAAUUUCCGCUUUGAUACUGUUAGCUGAACAUAAUAUGUACCAAUUUAAGAAAAAGUUGGAAGAAUUUCGUGUUAGUGUUAAGUGUAGUGCUGAAUAG